CCCACCCCGAGCAUUCACUGCGGUGCUCUGGGAGUCCAAUCAGAGCGAACCGGUGCUGAGCCGACCGGAGGAGGGCUGUGAUUUUUCAGCACGGUGCUCUGUUGCAUUUCAAAUCCUCCGGCUGCACAAAAAGGGACGGCAGGAGCUCGAAAAGGAGGAGGUGGAGGAGGAGAAGGGAGGGCUGCCUUUCUCAAGACAGCGGCGGAUUUCACCCAGUUGCAUCCUGGAGGAGAGGAGGAUGAAGGCAUAAAGAGGAGGAGAAGCAGAAUCCUUUCCGACAGCCAGUGAACGCUGCUUCCAGGAGGCCUUCCCCAUCUCUGCCUUUUGUCUGGGAGCUCCCUCCAUCCCCAGUUCCUCCUCUCUCAGACCUUUUGUUGUGUCGGGGGUGUUUUUCCUGGCCGUUGCUGGCUCCCGGGACAAAAGCCGCUACGCCUUUCCCCCUUUUUAUUCCCUUCGCUGGUGUUGAUUUGUGCCUGCCGAAAGCUGAGUCAUCAUGUCUGAUCUGACGCCUCAGAGCGAGACCCCGACCCCCACCACAGACAAGAUCACCCAGGCCGCCAGGGAGACCAUCUAUCUCUGCAACUUCCGCGUGUCUGUCGAUGGCGAGUGGCUCUGCCUCCGCGAGCUCAACGACAUCUCGCUCACGCCGGACCCGGAGCCGGCCCAUGAAGAUCCCAAGGAUCCGAUCGCAAUUGAGAGGUUGAACUUGAUGAACAUGGCCAAGCUGAGCAUCAAGGGCCUGAUAGAGUCGGCCCUCAACCUGGGACGCACACUCGACUCCGACUAUGCACCCCUGCAGCAGUUCUUCGUCGUCAUGGAGCACUGUCUGAAGCACGGAUUGAAAACUAAGAAGACCUUCCUGGGUCAGAACAAGUCGUUCUGGGGAGCGUUGGAGUUGGUGGAGAAGCUGACGCCCGAGGCAGGAGAGAUCACCGCCAGCGUCAAGGACCUCCCGGGUCUGAAAACUCCUCUGGGAAGGGGGCGUGCCUGGUUGCGGCUGGCCUUGAUGCAGAAGAAGCUCUCCGACUACAUGAAGACCAUCAUCAACAGGAAGGACCUACUCAGCGAGUUUUAUGAGCCCAACGCGUUGAUGAUGGAGGAGGAGGGCGCCGUCAUCGCCGGCCUGCUCGUUGGGCUGAACGUCAUCGAUGCCAACCUGUGUAUGAAGGGCGAGGACCUGGACUCCCAGGUCGGCGUGAUCGACUUCUCAAUGUACCUCAAAGACGGGGGACACAGCAGCAAGAGCGCGGAGGGGGACGGUCAGAUCACAGCCAUCCUCGACCAGAAGAACUACGUGGAGGAGCUGAACAGACAUCUGAGCGCUUCAGUCAACAACCUCCAGGCCAAGGUGGACGUUCUGGAGAAGUCCAACACGAAGCUGACGGAAGAGCUCGCCGUCGCCAACAACCGGAUCAUCACCUUACAAGAAGACGUGGAGCGGGUCAAGGAGGAGAGCUCGUAUCAGCUGGAGUCCAGGAAGCCUCUGAGAAGUGAUUCAGUGGCGGAGGGACAGACGCUGGGCGAAGCGCGCAAGCAGCUCAAAGAGGAAACUUCGCUUCGACUGGAUGUUGAGCGGGAGCUGGAGGUGCAGAUCGGGAUGAAGCAGGAGAUGGAGUUGUCCAUGAAGAUGCUGGAGAAGGACAUCUGUGAGAAGCAGGACGCCCUGAUGGAGCUCAGGCAGCAGCUGGAGGACCUUCGGGCCAUCAACCAGCAGCUCAGCCACAAGUCACAGAGUGCUGAUGCCAGCUCCAGACAGAAGAGCGACGCCAUCGGCCGCCUGGAGGAGAAAAUAAACCAGAUGUCGGGGACCAUAAGAACUCUGGAGACCAGGUGCAAGCAGGCUGAGAGAGAGAGGGAUCUGGCCCUAGAGGCCAACCGGCUCUUCAAACAGGAGUUUGGAGACAAGAUCGAGAGCCUGCAGGUGGAGGUGGAGCAGCUCCGGACGCAAAGGUCAAACCUGGAACAGGAGCUCAGGAGAAGGGGUGAUCCUCAUCUCGGCGCCGCGUCCAGACAGUCCAGCAGCGUCCGCCGGGACAGGAAACACCCGGAAAACGCCCCAAAACAGCAUCUCCCAGAAUCCCCGUCUGCCGGAGGAGGGACGGAGCAAGAGGACAGGACCAGUCUGAGCUCCAGCCUGUCGCUGUCGCUGUCGCAUCACGAGGACGAGCAGGAGCCGGUGGUGGUGAGCCGACCGUCGGUGUGCACCAUGUGUGAGCAGCAGGACUCUCUGCUCAAGCCUAAGAAGCGCUGUAAGAACUGCGACGGGGUUUUCUGCGAGAGCUGCGUGUCCGGCGAGCUUCCGCUGCCCUCGUCCAUCCUCCCGGAGACGGUGUGCAACGCCUGCUACUCGCAGCUGCUGCAGCAGUACGCCUCCACGCCGCCGUGAGCCGUGAGGACCGCCGGCACGGCCAGAAAAGUACUUUGACCUCACGGCCUGAAACGUGGUGGAAGAUCCUCCGGGUCUCGGCUCUGCUGCGGUCCCCCCCGCCGCCAGCAACGGGAGACGUGCAGGUCUUCCUCGUGUUUCACGGCGCUGCAGCCGCGUCUCUUCUUCUAGUGGAUGUGGCUGCAGCGUUCCUCAACCAAAACCUGCUUAUAUGAACAAACAAACACCUUGCUGGAUCCAGAAAACCCAGCUUGAAUCAUCUCAUUCACUAAAACCAUCCCAGACCUCCAGGUCCAGGGCUGGACCACCGAGGACUCCCCCCAGAUUGGAGCGGUGCGGAAGAAACCGGAUCUCUGUCUGUGUUUUUAGCUUCUGCUGAUCGCUUGGGGAUAUAAUCAAAGUUUAAUCAGAAAAAUGUUGAUCCUGACGACGAGACCCGGUCCACAUGUCCACGCAGACGAGACCCGGUCCACAUGUCCACAUCUCCCGUGCAGUUAAACCCGCCAGUAAGAAGAAUAAAGGACAGGUGGACAUCCGGGUGGAAACUGUUAGUGAGGGAGGACAAGCAGACGUGUGGAGAACAAAACCAGCUUUGGAUUGGAUUGGUUUGAAGGGGGACUGCAGGUCCGGAUCCGGACCCUAGUGGUCAGUAGGGAAACCUCAGGUCCAGAUCUGGACCCCCUUGCUGCAGGAUUUUAGUUGAUUGACAGGCAGGAUGGCGUCUCUUUAUGCUAAACUAAUUUAAUUUAAAAUCAGCAGAUUAUUUUUAAAUAAAAGCAGCUUUUCUGGAGUUUGGCGAGCUGGUUAGUGACGCUGCAUCGGUCAGACGUGGCGUUAAACUUCUGCUGAUGGCCCAGACGGAGUCGCGGCUGAUCCGGUUUACGUCCAUGCAACGGUCACAUCCACAAACCCAACAGGUGGACAUUUGGACUCGUCUCUGGUCCGGAUGAGUCCGGAUGUCUGCGUGGUUUUUGAGGUGCUGGCCGCUCAGACGUGGGCGCAGCUGCCGUUUCCACCUCGUUGGUUGUUUUAAAUCUGUCUCUGAAGCUGAUUAGAGACCGAAUGCUUCUAAGAUCAUCAAUAAAGUUUUACUGACACUAAA